CCGUUCCGCACUCCCUCGCUGUGGGUGUACGCCCAGCUCCGAGCACCGCGCUAUUCCCGAUCUUUUGUUACGUGUCCAUGCUCGCCCCCAGCCAGCGGCAGAGCCCUGCCCGGCGUGUGCAGACACACACGGGGAGCUGCCGGCCGCGGGGGCAGGCGAGGCCAAGGGCGCGGAGCGAGGCGAGCAGAGCCGAGGGACAGGGCCUGGGGACGGGCCGGGGACAGCCGGGGAGCACUGAGGCACCGGGAGCGGCGUGAGGCGCUGGCCGGGCGGGGAGCUCGCGGUGUGUGGAGGCUGGCUCUGAGUGCAGAUUCUGUGGGAAUUGCCGGUUGGCUCCGGGCAUCAGAGGAAGGAGAGCACUGUAUUAUUUUGGCUGAAGUGCUCAGCUUCAAGACUUCACUUUGUUCCUCACAGCUUGGAGGGAUAUGAAGCCAAUUGGAAAAGUGCUUUGUGCUACAGGGGUUGUAGCUGGGCUCAUAGCUUUCUUCUGGGGAGAUGACUUUAACCCAGAGAGCCUGUCUGGUGCCCGUGUUCUUGUGACUGGAGCCAGUGCUGGGAUUGGAGAGCAAAUAGCAUAUCACUAUGCCAGAUUUGGUGCUGAAAUUGUGUUGACUGCCAGAAGGGAAGCUGUGCUGCAGAAGGUGAUGGAGAAAUGCCUGACACUUGGAGCAAAGAAAGUAUUUUAUAUCCCUGCAGAUAUGUCUUCCCCUUCAGAGCCUGAAAAGGUGGUUCAGUUUGCUGUCCAAAAGCUGGGGGGCCUGGAUUACCUCGUGUUGAACCACAUCGGCACAAACCGUUUCCAGGAGUGGACUGGAGAUGUGGAAUACACCCGCUGGCUCAUGCAGGUGAAUUUUUUGAGUUACGUGGCUCUUGCAACAGCAGCUCUUCCCACCCUGGAGAAGAACAGAGGUGCUCUGGUGGUUGUUUCUUCCCUCACAGGGAGAAUGCCCACUCCCUUCACCACUUCUUAUUCUGCCACCAAGUUUGCACUGGAUGGAUUCUUCGGCUCACUGCGCCAUGAGCUCAUCAUGCAGAGGAGAAAUGUGUCUGUCACACUGUGCAUCCUGGGCCUGAUUGAUACUGCUUCAGCACUGGAGUACACCAGGCAUGUAUUUGUCUGCAGGAACACAUCUCUUCUUGAGAGCAUGCAAAAAAAUGCACAGCAACUCUAAGAGGGUGUGUGCAUCUGUCUGGGGAGAGUGCACCUGCCUGGGCUCAUCACAGGGGUUGUUCAUUAUGGAACAGGAAGCCCUGUGGGGUCAGUGUGCCCGGCUCAAACCCCAGCCUGGCUCUGAGUGAUCCUCUGCCCAUUCCCUUGCAGGGGAAAAGUUCACCUCAGUGCCUCCCCUGCUCCCGAGGCCGCGCUCGCCAUCGUCCGGGGUGGAGCCGCUCGGGCACACGAGAUUUUCUACCCACGGUGGCUGCAGCAGCUCUGCUGCCUCUGGGCUCUGUUCCCCAGCAGCGGGAACCAGGUGCUGCGGACUUUCUAUAACUACAGCAGUCCCUAAGGGAUGCCCAGUCUCAUCCUACAUCCCUUCUAAUCAUGUUCCUGCCAUCCCAUUCAACCACUGGUGUCAAGCAGGAGCAGGGCAGCAGUGGUGGCAAAGUCCCCUUUUCCUAACAUGACCUGUGGUCUCUCAUCUGCUUCAGCCACGGUUCUGCUGCUGCUACCCAUCAGUCAGAGAUCUUUCCCACUGUUCACUCUGCCUUAGCCCUCCUCCUUCAGCCUCACCUGUCUGCUUUGACUGCAGCCAGCCUUUUCCCAGCCCCAGAUUCAACCCCUGUCCAUCUGCACAGGAUGUCCUGGAAUGUCCCUCCUCCUGGAACGUCCUCCUCCACUACUUCAUUUUGGAUUCCAUUCCUCUUGCUUCCUCUAAGUAGAAUUUUAAUCUCCAGUUUAAUAAAACAAGUUUUUAAUGUGUUGGUAUUAUGUGUUGAUGCUUCCUCUGUGAAUAUUG